AUGGUUUUGACAGAAUGGCAGAGUGAUACUCGGGGCACCAGGAGCUAUUAUUUUCAAGGUCAGAUCAUCACUGCAUCUCUUACUAACAUCAUGAGCAGUGGCAGUACAUUCUCCCCCAUUCACUCAGUGAGAGAUGAGACCAAAACUCCAGAAAGAUUUGACUACUACGACCUGUAUCUGGGAUACUCUGUUGCUGCUGGCCAUUUUAAUAAAGACAGCAUCACAGAUUAUGUUGUUGGUGUCCCAAACGAUUUGCACACCGCAGGCUCUGUUAAAAUAAUAAAUGGAGCAACUGAGCCCCUGCAAAUCAUGAAGGCGAUUAGUGGCAUCCAGGUUAUUUGA